AUGACUGAUUUUGGAGAGAUCCUCCAGAAUAUCGGAGAGUUUGGAUUAUUUCAGAAGGUCCUCCUUUUAGCUCUUUCCUUCCCCAAUUUUAUUCUGCCUAUUCACUUUGCCAGUGUAUUAUUUACCCAGUCAGAUCCAGAGCGACACUGUAACACAGACUGGAUCCUUCAGGCUGACUCUAACCUCACCAAAGAUGAGCAGCUGAACCUAACUCUGCCCUGGGAGGAGGAUGGGACCUUCAGCAGGUGUCAGAUGUUUGUGCCUGUUGACUGGGACAUUGGUGCAAUCAGGAUGUAUGGACUCAAUGAGACCACAGGGUGUCAGAAUGGAUGGGUGUACAGCAACACACUGUAUAAGGCCACCAUUGUCACUGACUUUGAUCUAGUUUGUCAGCAUGCUAAUUUGUUGCAAAUGGCUCAAACAGUGUUCAUGGCUGGCAUUCUUGUUGGUUCUCUCUUAUUUGGACCUAUUGCUCAAUCGUUUGGUCGUAAACGAGGAACUCAGAUUCCAGUCAUUGUGAUUCUCAUAUUUUCUGUAACAACUGGAUUAUGUCCCAACUUCUAUUUAUAUUUGGCAUCCCAGUUCAUGUUGGGAAUAGGCCAUGGAGGUUAUCCAGUGAACAGCGUCAUACUGGCCACUGAGUGGAUUGGUGUGUCCAGAAGAUCAUGGGGAGCAUGUGUGACUCAUGAAGUUAUGGCAGUUGGACAGUUUCUCCUUGCUGGUGUGAUAUACUUCAUCAGAGACUGGAGACUAACUCAACUACUCACAGCAGCUCCACUUGCAGUUGUUGCUAUUUACAUAUGGUUUAUUCCAGAGUCGGCCAGGUGGUUGUUGAAAAGAGGAAGGACAGAAGAGGCCGAACAGCUGAUCACCAAAGUGGCAGCAAUCAACAAACGCACUGUUUCAGAGUCUCUACUGGAAAUGAUUGUUGAGAAAGAAACUAAGAAAAACGGAAGUGUAACAAUUCUUAUCCAAUCAUCUGUGCUUAGGAAGUAUUUCUUUACCAUAAUAUUCGCAUGGUUCACUGUGGAUGUUACCUACUACUGCCUUUCAUUCAGUAUGGGAAAUUUUGGCUUUGACGUCUUCCUGACGCAGCUCAUGUUUGGCUUGACUGAAGUACCAGCUCAUAUACUUUGCAUCUGGCUGUUGGAAGCGCUGGGGAGAAAAGUGUCACUGAUCUCAGCACUUCUGAUUGGAGGAUUCUUGUGCACCUUAAUUCUGGCGCCUGAAAGUAAUGCUGUUGCUGUUACCGUGUUAGCAACCUCAGCACGUUUUUUCAUGAACGUUGCUGUAUCCACAUGCGUUGUGUAUAUUCAGGAACUGUUCCCAACAUCUUUUCGACAAACAGCCACUGGUUUGGGAGCCAUUACAAGCAAAUUUGGUGGCUUGCUGUCUCCGUUGCUCAACAUGUUGGCCGUGUACCACUGGUCCAUACCCACCAUAGUUUUCAGCAGCCUUCCACUGAUCAGUGGAGCUCUGUGCUUCCUGCUUCCUGAGACCAGGAGAAAAGAGCUUCCUGAUUCAAUCGAACAGGCCGUGGGAAAUAGAAAUAAGACCACCCUGAAGAUCCAAACCCUGUUCAACUGGUGGCCCGCGGGCCACAUCCGGCCCAGACGCAACCUCCGUGUGGCCCAGCAUACAUAA